UUUUUCCGUAACGCGUGCACUCGCUGCACAGUUUGUUAUCUUAGCUGCCUGAGCUCGAGCCUCUGUUAGAGAGACAGAUUGACCAAAAAUUUUGAGAGUCAAAAGUACAAUAGGAGGAAAAAAUUAAACAUCUCUGGUGCGGGGUUCGCCAACAAAUACUUCUUUUUUACACUUGACGACAGCAGCCGGGCACCUAACCAGAAACCGAUAAGGAGGCACCUAAAAGGUCGCUACGCUCUGCCUGCUAUUACAGAGUGAGGGACAAAAGCAUAGUACGACUGAACACAGAAAGAAGAAAAAUAGCGUAAAGGACAUGAGCAGGUCCUUCGGAGGGGCAAGAUGAAGUGUUCUGCAAUGGAAUGACCUCCCACACACACUUGUGUGGUUUCUAUGGGGAUUUCUGCAUAGCCACGCACUCCUCUGGAUGGAAGGAGGUGUACUUCUGUGCCAUCUGAUUGCUCUGCUGUGAUUGGUCAGUAUUAUUCGGCUGCUGCACUGCCACUGGUCAGGAUGCCAGCAAAAGGGAAAUACUUGCUGAACGAGCAGAAGUUGAAACAGGAAGCACUGUACAGAAAAUUUUCUGGCAUUAGCCAAUACCAGCCGUUCGUUCUGUUGCUGGGACUGAGCAUUCUCACAUGUACAACGUUGCUAGUGCUCUUCUUCAGCCUAGAACUGAAAGUUCAGAAUCAUGGUCCACUUGUGGGUGUUUUGGGAGGAGCGUUGUGUUUGUUCCUGGCUAUAUUUCUGUUACUCUGUAUAGAGACCCUCUCUCAGAGAUGGAGAACUUUGCUUGGCCUUGCUGUGUGGGCCACACACCUCACAUUGGGCUUUACCUUUAUUUUCAGUAGAGACAAAAUAAGCAAAAUACCACCAUGGGACCAGGUGCCCUUCUUCCUCUUCAUCAUCAUUACAGUUUAUACCAUGUUGCCAUUCCAGAUGAGCUAUGCUGUAACUCUGAGUAUCAUCUCGUCUCUAUCUCACAUCAUUGUCCUAUUAGUGCGCCUCACAGUGUUCCAGAAGGACCCCAUAUCACUCAUAGCCAAUCAGAUUUUGUCAAAUGUAGUGGUGUUUGUUUGUGGAAUUGUAGUUGGGGCAUUUCAUAAGGUUUUGAUGGAGAAAGCGCUCAGACAGACAUUUCAGGAUACUCUCCGCUGCCUUGGCAUUCGCAUGAAACUGGAGAUUGAGAAGAGACAACAGGAAAACCUGUUACAGUCAGUGCUUCCUGUGUACAUCUCCAUGAAAAUGAAACUGGCCAUAAUGGAGCGUUGCAAGUGCAAAGACAAAGAGGAACAGCAACGUAUGGUGCGAGACAAUAACUUUCACAGUCUCUAUGUGAAGAGACAUGAAAACGUCAGUAUUCUGUAUGCUGAUAUUGUGGGUUUCACACGUUUGGCCAGUGACUGUUCUCCUAAAGAGCUUGUAAUCAUGCUGAAUGAACUUUUUGGAAAGUUUGACCAGAUUGCAAAAGAGAAUGAGUGUAUGCGAAUAAAAAUUCUUGGUGACUGUUAUUACUGUGUGUCUGGCCUACCCGUUUCUCUGCCAAAACAUGCCAAAAAUUGUGUAAAAAUGGGCCUGGAUAUGUGUGAAGCCAUAAAGCAGGUGCGGGAUGCAACAGGUGUGGAUAUAAACAUGCGAGUAGGUGUGCACUCUGGAAAUGUCCUAUGUGGUGUGAUCGGCCUACGCAAGUGGCAGUUUGAUGUGUGGUCACAUGAUGUCACCUUAGCCAAUCAUAUGGAGUCUGGGGGGUUGCCAGGCCGAGUUCACAUCACAGAGGCGACUCUAAAGCACUUAAACAAAACGUAUGAUGUGGAAGAGGGGAAUGGUCACCUAAGAGACCCCUACCUUAAAGAGCUCAACAUCAAGACUUAUCUGGUCAUUGACCCACGGUCAAAAGAAUCAUCACUGAUGGCUCCCAGUGUUGCUAAGCCUCGUGGGAGCGAAGGCCUGAAGAUGCGGGCUUCUGUGCGUAUGACGCGCUUCCUAGAGUCAUGGGGAGCCGUCAAACCGUUCGCUCACCUGCAGAGCAGAGAGGAAUUCAGCACAGAUGCCUUAGUCAAUGGCAAGGGUCGCUGCAAGGACAUCCCUCUUAGGUCAGUAUCGCCAAAAAUUGCAGAGAGCUUUGAUGAAUCUCUUGAGGAGCCCUUCUCUUUACCUGUUGCUCCUUUGAGCACACAUAAGAAUAAAUCUCAGAAGACUAAGUUUGACGAAGAACUUCAUGACAAGAUGGCCACCACCAUCAAUGAUCUGAGUUCCAGCAAGCAGUGGGUAAAGUCUGAAGAGAUCUCCGGCCUCACACUGUGGUUUACGAAAAGAGAUCUAGAAAAGCAGUACAGGACAAUAGAGAUGCCAAGCUUUAAAUACUACAUCGGCUGUGUCACCUUCAUCUUCAUCUGUAUCUUCAUCAUCCAGAUGUUGGUUACCCAGCAACGUAAAGAGCUGGGGCUGGCAUUUGCAGUGUUGGCGUGUGUUCUACUUUUGAUUCUGUGCAUCUGUUUUGCAGGUCAUAUUCAGAGGAUGUUUCCAGAAAAGCUGAAGUCAUGUACGUGGCUGUCAGCUUUAUCAAAAGCAGUGGUUAAGAGACCUUUUGUGCGCCUCCCAUUGGUAACGUUUGCCACUGUAGUCAUAGUCAUCCUCUCCAUCUUUAACUUGUGCUAUACGGAUACAAGGGAUGUAUGUCGUUUGGUGACAAAUAACGGCACCAUUACUGUAGAUCAUUUUUCGUAUUUGCCUUACUCGGUGUACAGUUGUAUACUAACGUUGAUCGCCUGUGGGGUAUUUUUGAGAGUGAGCUUUGAGCUCAAGGUGGCCUUCUUCUUCAUCGUCUCUACUGUUUACUACAUCAUCAUUAUCCACUCUCAUGCUAUACUCUUCAAUUACUUCAGAUGUUCCCUCUCCAACAUCACUUGUGUCAACGAUCCCCAGUGCAUGAAUGAUGAACUUAUGAAGGACCCCAAAAAAAUGAGCUGCAUAUACAUAACCCUCUUUCUCUUUACCAUGUUGCUCAUAUCCCGGCAGAAUGAGUACUGCUGUCGUCAAGACUUCCUGUUGAAGAACAAGAACUUGGCGGAUAAAGAAGAAGUUGAGCUAUGCGAAAACCUGAACCGUCUCCUUUUGGAGAACGUUCUCCCUGCGCACGUGGCUGCUCUCUUUGUGGGCGAGAACAAAAAGAAUGAGGUGGGGCUGCUGUCCACUAUCUCUUUACUAAACCAGAAAUACAAGGACUUGUACUAUAAGUCGUAUGACUGUGUAUGUGUGAUGUUCGCCUCCGUGCCAGACUUCAAAGAGUUCUACACUGAGUGUGACAUCAAUAAAGAAGGACUGGAGUGUUUGAGGCUUCUCAAUGAGAUCAUCGCGGACUUUGAUGAGUUGCUAUCUAAGCCUAAAUUUAGUGGUGUGGAAAAGAUUAAAACCAUUGGCAGCACAUACAUGGCUGCUGCAGGACUGAGUGGACCUCCUGAGCAGACCAACCAGGACCGUGAGAGGCAGAAUGCACAGAUUGGAAACAUGGUGGAGUUUGCCAUCGCUUUAAUUGGCAAGCUGGAUGGCAUCAACCGGCACUCAUUCAACACAUUCAGGCUUCGCAUGGGAAUAAACCAUGGCCCAGUGAUUGCCGGGGUGAUUGGGGCCAGGAAACCACAGUAUGACAUCUGGGGAAACACUGUGAACGUGGCCAGCCGGAUGGAAAGCACGGGAGAACUAGGCAAAAUACAGGUAACUGAGGAGACAUCUGAUGUCCUGCAGACGCUGGGUUAUUCAUGUGAGUGCCGUGGCCUGAUAAACGUAAAGGGCAAAGGAGAGCUCAAAACCUUCUUUGUGUGCACAGACUCCAGCAAACAACAGGGCAUCGGUUUGAGCUGAGACUGAAGGUUCAACCACUCACAGAUCCACACACACACACACAGACUCCGGACCUUUAUGUGAUCUUAUUUUUAAAGAUGUUUUUAUUCAAGCAUGUCUAAAGAACUGAACACUGUUUAUUACCCUGAACCAUCUUGCACCAUUUAAGUAUUUCACACAUUACAAUCUGAACUUUGCCAUCCUUUUGUGGGAAACAGACCACAAGACAGUGGGAAACUGAGUUCGCUGAAGGAAAACUCAGUGUAUUACUAUCAGACUUUCUGAGUACUGCCGUCAUUGUGCCCUUGAUCCAGUUGGAUUUAGACUGAUUUGGUAUGACUGAAUUGGUCUGCUGGUUCUGAACUCACACUUUUAUCUCAGACUCGCAGUCAGAGGGACCAACACAUGACCCACACAAACCCCAAAAGACACAGAAAAGAGCGAAAAAUGUGGAAACAUUUAAUUUCUUUUUUUAUUGUUUGGAAUCAUGUCUUAUAGCAUUUUAUCAGUCUUUGGUCUAGCAAGACAAAGGAAUCUAUGUUUUGUGGCUUUUGGUUGCUUGUAUUCCUUAAAAACAACUGCAAAGCGACUCUCUUGCAUUGACUUGCUGUUGCGUCGAUGUUGGGGCAAAGGAUGCUUUGUCUGGCUUCAUAAUGUGUUACAGAUGGAAACUAUCAAUGUAUGUUUACAUCUACGUAAAUAGGAAAAAAUGUAAAUGGCCGAUCAUGUCUUCAAUUUUCCGUUUAGCUUACAGAAAUCAUCUCUUGACUAUCAGGUCCAGAUCAAAUGUUUAUGUGGCUGCUUCAAUCUGAAGUUGUAAAUUUGCUGUUUGUUGAACUUAAGCAUCUUGCUGUGUGUCUUAGGUCACAUUGUAACCGACUGCUUUUGUUCAGUGUGAAUGUUUAGUGAAGGUUUGGGCUCGGAUUUCUGUCUGAUAAAAUGUUCAAAUGCGAUUUUAAAGAUACACUCCACCU